AUGACCUCGUCACCAAGUUGUGCUGUGUUUCCCCGCCCUCCUAUCUCGUCCAUGGAGGCCAAUCUCUACUACUAUGGCCUAUACUCAAGGCCAAUUCUGGUUGCUCGUACCAGCGCAACUCUCUGGAAGCCCCCUGUCUGUCCCCCAGGGUACCCCUCUGCCAAAUGGCUUCGCACGGUCGGCAAUCACCCUCUUGGGAAAAUCUGGGAGGGUAGUCUUGCGCCACAGAUCCAUAAAACCCUGGAGUCUCAGGGGGUGAAGUGGACAAGUACGGAUGUGGCCCGGAUUGGAUUGGUUGGAGAAUUUCUCCCCCCGGUAAUCAUCUGGAUUGGUGUACAGCCUGGCACUCUUUCAAGAGAAGAUGGCCAUGCUGUUGCUAUUCAGUGCAAGGGUCUUCUCUUGGAACACCAGAUCCUCGAUGUUGAAGUGGAGAUCCGUGAGUCUGUUGUAACUCAAUAUUCGAGCCCGAAGCUUUUGAAGCCGGCCAGACCAUGCGACCCAACUGCGGAUCUCUGGGAGCCUCUUACUUCCACUCUGGGCCUUUCGAUCUGUGCUACCCGUACCCUCUGGGCUGAGGGAACUGGGGGUUUUUAUCUAACAGACAGUAACUCGCAGCUUUAUCUAGUAACUGCACGUCAUGUCGUCCUCCCGUUUGACACAGACAACAAGGUACAUGAGCACAAGGUCUCUAGCCAGCGCUUGAAUCAAAUUGCCCUCUUCGGCCCUUCCGGUUUCGGGGAUUAUCUCAAACGUAUCACAAUUGCCAUCAGUGACAAGGAAUAUGACGCUGGGUACCAGAAGAGAGUUCUCCAGAAGGUUUUUGAAAGAGUUGCACAAGGGGAAAUAAACUCUGCAGAGGCUAUAAAGCAACGGGCAUAUCAGGAGAAUACUCUAAAGAGGGCCGAGGAUGCAAUUGUGGCCCUUCGAAAACUCCACAAGGAGGUUGCUAAGAGCUGGAGCAAUCUUGAGAACCGCAUUAUUGGACAACUCCUCUUCUCUCCAGUUUUAAAAUAUGGAGCCGGUGAAGAGAAGUGUACCCAGGACUUUGCUCUCAUCGAGGUUGACCAAUCAAAGAUCGAUAUUGGCAGCUUCAACGGUAAUGUGAUUGAUCUGGGUACUAAGAUGGGACCUGGCGAAUUCACACGCAUGAUGUUUCCACAUCCCGAGAAUAGCCACUCCCUUACAUAUCCAACCAACCGCCUCUUCCAGAUCCAAGGUACAAUCCCUGACAAUGAGAUGCGUUUGCCUGCGGUGUACGAUCAGAAUCAUGAAUCAUGUCUUAUCGUCCUAAAGCGCGGGCAUACUACCGGUCUUACUUUCGGUCGUGCAAACCCUAUAUCAUCUUAUGUACGUUACUAUGAUGAGAAGGGCAAGGCAGUAACCUCGAUGGAAUGGCCAAUUUUCAACUAUGAUGACCAAAGUGGCCCCUUCUCUCAGAGGGGAGACUCUGGUGCAGCCAUUGUUGACUCCCAGGGACGUCUAGGAGGUCUCCUUACUGGGGGUGCUGGUCCCUGCGAUCGAUGCGAUGUUACCUAUGCCACACCAAUCUCUUUCAUCCUCAAAACCCUCCGGUCCAACAACUACAAUCUAACCCUUCAUACAACAACCACUGACCGGGCCCCCUCCUCCUAAAUCGUCAUAGGCAAUAACAGGUCAGAAUUCACUUCAGUUUUGUUUUUGUUUUAUGUUGGCAUCUGGCCUGUGGACAGAGACCAAAUCUAACCAGUUUAGUUAGGGUGCUGUGCGCAAUUUUAGUUUCCUCUUCUAUUGGGACUGGGAGGUUAGUAUUCUGGAUGCUAGUGCUAGUCUUUUGCUGAUAUUCUUUGCUAUCUUCUCAUUUUUAUCGAAUUUCCUAUUUAUUCCAGACCCGCUUCCACAUUCACACCUAG